AUGACGUCCUUGUCGCUGAGCGAGCAGGAGCGCCGGGAGGCGGCGAGGCCGCCGGUCCCCAACGGCCCGCCGGGAUCUGGCGAAAGCAGAACCCAGCGGCCUGCCGCCGCCGCCACCGGCACGGACGCCGCCGUUCCGCGCGGGAAGCGCAGCCCUCGCGCCCGGGCCGAGACGCCCCGCUGGGGGGCCUUCAGGCUCCCCGCGCCCACGCCGCCGGCGGCCACGAGGUGCCAGGACUGCGGCGCCAUCGAGACAGCGCAGUGGAGGUCCGGGCCGCUGGGCCCCCGCACGCUCUACAACAACUGCGGGGUCCGGCGCAGGCUAGCCGGGGAGCGGUGGGGGAAGCCGCGACCGCGACGCCCCCGGAAGGCAGCAGCGAGGGCCGUCUCCGACCAGCCGCCUCAGACGGAGGAGAGCAGGCUGACCCCGGAGUCCCCACCGGACGCCCAGAUCUGCGAGCAAAAGUUAGCUCCCGCUCCCAACCUGGUCCUGGUGACGUCUCCGCCUCCGGCGACGGAAUCCUUGACAGCGCAAGCGACGGCGAGGACGGGCUCCGCCUCCGACUCCGAGCAGCCGUCGCCACAGGAGAUCCCGGCCUCGGAGUCGUCCUCGCAGCAGGAGCGGGCCAAGCGCAAGUCUCCGUCACCGACAAUGGAGCCCUUGCCGCCGAACAACAAGAAGAACAAGAAGACGGCGGAGAAGCUGUGCAAGCACUGCGGGUCGUCAGAGACGCCACAGUGGAGUGAGGGGGCGAAGGGCCCCAGGACGCUGCGCAACGCCUGCGGCGUGCGGAACAGGCAGGGGCGGCUGCUGCCGGAGUACCGCCCGCAGGCGAGCCCCACCUUCGAGGCAGAGCACGCCAGUUCGCACAGCGGCGUGCUCGAGCUUCGCCGGAAGCGGAAGAACAAGCAGCAGGAGCCGCCUCCGCCACUGGCGCAGCCGCAACCCGUGGACGACAGCCAGGACGUCGACCUGAUGCCGCAGCCGCUGCCGCGCCGCGUGGACGACAUCGCCAGCAAGCUGCGCGCCGGCGCCCGCGCCAACAACGACCGCUCGGCCAGCAACAACGCAGGUGCGCCCCGCAGGACUGGGCCAGUGGCCAAGCGUGGCCGGAUUAAGAUUCACCCGUUUCUGCUCGACGGGCCGGCGCGGCCCAUGAUUGUCGAGCCGGAAGCACCAUGCUAG